AUGGACCUGGAUUACGUUCAUCAUCAUCGGUCAAACAUGGAGUCGCCGGAGGCUGAGGAUGAUGUGUUCUACGCAGAGCUCACAAGGCAGAUAUUGGUGCUUAUGGACGAAGACGAUGAAACCCAUGCAUGGAGAAAUAGAAAGGGUGAGUCGCCGGAGUUUCAAGGGAGAUCGGUGGUGACGUCCGGGAACUACUUUAGUUGGUGGGAGGGUGGGAGGAAUUUUGAGGUGCCCUGUUGGAUGGAGAGGUUGUGGGCAAGUAACGGUGCUGGGACAGGGGUGUUUAUACCUCGAGUGGUGGUCGCCGGAAAGACCAGAAGAAGACGUCAGAAUAAAGCUCGGAGGAACGACGGAGGAAGAAUGCAUUCUUGUGCCGGACAUAAGACUCAUGGUUGA